UACUACGAAAAAAAAAGCACCUGCCUCAGCCGUGGCUAGGUUCCGGCCACGAAGCGUACCAAUGCAGACAUCAAACCAGACCAGUUUAGAUAACGACGAACCAAAAUUAUAUUUGGUUAGAAAGUGAUUGUAAUUUCAUAACGACAAUCUGCAAUCGCAUGGUUACUUUUGGUACGACAAGAAAACCGUGCUCAUGAGGUUCUGCAAUACUAAAUUAGCCAAUCGGUCAGGCAAUUGAUCCGGAUUGACGAUCAAAGAUAGUUUAUUUUAUAUUAUAUGUAUUAAUUUGACCCAAGUUGUUUCUCUUUUUUUGUGAGAGCACCAACCAAUUACCAAAUUAGACUUCUUCAAUGCUCAAACAGCGUGACUAUUUCGAUGUCAAACAUAUUCUAACAUCCACAAUUUUGUACCAAAUGGACUUAACCGGUUGUAUUUGAGUGGAUUAGUAGGUAGCCGUAUUCAUUUGUUUUCCAUUUUCACAUGUACACUAUCUGAAAGUGAAAGUUAGUAAGUCUUGGUUCAUGAUUAUCAAAAAAACACAUAUUGUCCCUCACACACAUUUAUUUAUAAUAUACAAUGUAGUAAAUAAUACGUUAUUACAUAAACCUUUAUAUUCCACAAAAGUUUAAAAUUGUGCCCAGGGUCAAACAAUUGUCAAACUAAUAUCUUUUAGCAAAAAAAAAAAGUCAAACUACAGUAUGUUGGUAAAUUAUAAAUAGUAUAUAGAAUAAAAAUGAAUGAGAUAAAAUAAAUAAAAAUAUAAAAAUGAAAUAUUUCUUCAUAUUUCUUCUUCAUCGAAAUUGCAGUGAACCAUUUUGGAUUUUGUUUAUUUUUUUACAAUUGACAAGUUGCAAAAAAAUUCCUUGAAUUAAUGUAAUAAACUAUUUUACAUCAUAUUAUUCCAUAAAAUGAUAGUUCCAUAAAAGGAUUUUAAUACUAUAAUCAUUUGUUAAAUCCCUCCCAAAAAUCAUGUGACUGGCAAAUAAACAUUUUUAGUUAAAAACUGCCAAAGACAUUUGUGAUUUUGUAUUUAAACAUUUUUGUUCUUAUAAAUAGUUAUCUACUACUAAUUUCGAUACUAUCAAUGUCUAACACCACUAUAACGCUUAUUUUGUGUUGUCCUUUCGUUACUUAAUUACAGCAGGAAAUUUCAGAAGGCAACACAGAAAGUAAAUCAUAAUUGUCACUCACACGUAACAUGGCUGUCGUAGGAGUCACGUUUCCUCCGCUGUCGUUUUAGCAAACCACCGGCAUUCAACGCCUUCUCUUCCGUUAUUUUUUAAUUUUAAAAUCUCCAACUCCCUUUUUAUUUUAUUUUUUAUUUUCCGAUUUAAUUAAUUUUCAAUCAUCGCCUUGUUUUUUCCUUUUUCUGUUGAUCUCUUUAAAGCUUACUCUUCAACUUCUUCUCCUCACCGUCCGAUGCUUUGACUUUUUAAACCGAUCAUAGUACUUUGACUUCAGCGUUCCGGCAACGAUGGGUCACUGUUACAGCCGGAACAUUUCCACCGUCGAAGAUAACGACGGAGAUAUCCCUGCCGGAGCCGCGCAGCUUCCGAAUCAUACUGAUAACAACCGCCGGACUUCAAUUCCCAAUUCUCCGGCUGCGUCCUCCUCUUCCGAAGUCAACCCUUACACCAUCAGCCCAUUUCAAAGCCCGUUGCCGGCGGGAGUAGCUCCGUCACCGGCGAGAACUCCGGGAAGAAAGUUCAAAUGGCCGUUCCCGCCUCCUUCGCCUGCGAAACCGAUCAUGGCGGCUCUGAGACGGAGAAGAGGUACGGCUCCGCAGCCUCGAGACGGUCCGAUCCCUGAGGAGAGUGAAGAAGUCGAUGAUCACGGAAGAGGCGGCGGAAGCGGAGGCGGAGAGAGGUUAGAUAAGAACUUCGGAUUCUCGAAGAACUUCGAAGGGAAGUAUGAGCUCGGGAAAGAGGUUGGUCGAGGGCAUUUUGGUCAUACUUGUUGGGCUAAAGCCAAGAAAGGCAAGAUCAAAGGACAAACCGUAGCUGUCAAGAUCAUUGCUAAAGCCAAGAUGACAUCAGCUCUAUCCGUAGAAGAUGUUCGUCGAGAGGUGAAACUGCUGAAAGCUCUGUCUGGGCAUAGACAUAUGGUUAAGUUCUACGAUGUGUUUGAGGAUGCGGAGAAUGUCUUUGUUGUUAUGGAGUUAUGUGAAGGUGGAGAGCUAUUGGAUAGAAUUUUGGCGAGAGGUGGUCGGUAUCCAGAGGCAGAUGCUAAGCGUAUCCUUGUUCAGAUUCUAUCUGCAACUGCUUUUUUCCAUCUUCAAGGUGUGGUGCACCGUGACCUGAAGCCAGAGAAUUUUCUCUUUACUAGCAAAAACGAGGAUGCAGUACUCAAGGUCAUAGACUUUGGCUUAUCUGAUUUCUCCAGAUUCGAUCAGCGUCUGAACGAUGUGGUAGGAAGUGCAUACUAUGUUGCACCUGAAGUACUCCACAGAAAUUACAGCACUGAAGCAGAUAUAUGGAGCAUCGGUGUCAUAUCGUACAUACUACUCUGUGGGAGUAGACCUUUUUACGGACGAACCGAGUCUGCUAUUUUCCGCUGUGUGCUUAGAGCGAACCCUAACUUCGAAGACUUGCCGUGGCCUUCUAUAUCUCCUAUUGCUAAAGAAUUUGUGAAAAGGCUUCUUAAUAAAGACCAUAGGAAAAGAAUGACGGCUGCUCAAGCUUUAGCUCAUCCAUGGCUUCGAGAUGAAAACCCUGGUUUGCUUCUUGAUUUUUCGAUAUACAAAUUGGUGAAGUCUUAUAUCCGUGCUUCACCUUUCAGAAGAGCAGCACUUAAGUCUCUAUCCAAAGCUAUACCAGAAGAAGAACUCGUGUUCCUUAAAGCACAGUUCAUGCUCCUGGAACCAGAAGAUGGAGCCUUGUAUCUUCGCAAUUUCACUACGGCUUUGACAAGAUAUGCUACGGAUGCUAUGAUCGAAUCUAGGCUUCCUGACAUUUUAAACUUGAUGCAACCCUUAGCACAUAGGAAACUUGAUUUUGAAGAGUUUUGUGCGGCUGCGGUUAGCGUUUAUCAACUAGAGGCUCUUGAAGAAUGGGAACAGAUCGCAACUAUAGCGUUUGACGACUUCGAACGUGAAGGAAGCCGAGCCAUCUCUGUCCAAGAACUCGCUGAGGAGAUGAGUUUGGGACCAAAUGCGCAUCCUCUGCUCAAGGAUUGGAUCCGGAGUUCUGAUGGAAAGCUGAGUUUCUUGGGAUAUGCAAAGUUCUUGCACGGUGUGACUGUUCGAAGCUCGAGCUCGAGACCUAUUAGGUGACUUCUAACUUUGCAAAUUCAAACCUAAUCAUACUCUGUCGUUUCAAGACAAAACACACCUGAACUGGAAACAAAGGUACCUACCUCUAUUGUAUUGAGCAUUUUGUUUUCCAAGAGGAAACAUUCCAAAAUCAAAAACCAAACAAACAAAAGAAGAAUUUUUUUUUUUUUUGUAAGUUAUUUUUCUCAUCUUUAAUUUCCGGAUUGUAUAGAUUAUAGAAAGAACUGGAUGGGUUGUUGUUGUUCGGUUCUGGUUUCCUUGGUAUUGGAGGUGUAAUAAAUCAACCAUUUUCGAUACAAUACAACUUUUACACUAUACACACAUUGGAAACUUAACUACCAUCACUAUUCUCGACAAAACACACACACUAUCCUCAUAUUAGUGUAGAUGCUCUAUACUAAUCUAUGUAGCGGUUGUAAACUGUAUAGAGUCAAAGUUGAGUUGCAUAAGUUAGAUAAUGUAAACAAAGUGAUAUUGGGAAGAAAAAAGAAGUUAAAACACACCGUUUUGGUUUUGGCUAUUUUUUGAUCGGUCUAGGAUUUUGAGGUUUCGUUUUUGGCAAGGCUUCCUGCCGUUGCCGGCAAGACUUUCCGGUGAAUUCGAUGGCAAGUUUGGAGGCCCUAAGGGAGGACUUGGUGACGGUUCAGUCGGUGCAAGUUACAAAGCCUACUUAGAGUUGAGUUUCUGUAGCACAGGAUAAUUAGAGUUUAAAGAAGUGUGAAAUUGAUGUGUGAACGAAGGAUUAAUUACAUUUUGUGGAAAUCUCAGAUGAAGUGAGGAUUUUUUGGUUGGAAAACUUUUGGACUCAGUUCCCCACGUAGCAAAAAUCCAUAUGAUCCUAAAUAAGAUUUGGAGUUAUGGUGAUUUUUCAUAAAAAAACAAGAGGUAUUUGAAGUCAAUUCUACUACGAUAAAAUUUAAGGUCAAAAACCCAAAAUCUCGUGAGCGUAUCGUGAAAAGAGGUAUGUAGAAUAUUACGGGUGUGCCAAUGGUGGUAACUAAAUGGAUGCCUAAAGCGGAAGAUGAGAAGUAUGAAGAAGACUCAAUCCCCACGUCAAAAAUGUACCACUUCACAUGUUUUCAUGGUAAGGUCUCAGUUUUGUCACAAGUCUUGUAUGUUUUUCAGUGAGACUUCAUCUUGAUACGAUAGCUUGUUCAUCCUUUGAGGAAGCAAAAGUGUUCGUGAAUGUUGAUGUUACUAAGGCCCUUCCUAGAGUAAUCAUGUUUAAGAAAAAUGGGAAAGAAUUCACUGCUGAGUUUAUCUAUCUAUGGCUGCCAUCGAGGUGUAGUUUGUGUGAUAAAUGGGGACAUAAGGAGGAAGUACGUGUGAUUAAAAAGAAAGAAACAGAGGAAACAAGGGAGGUAACUACGCCUAAGAGUCAAAACAACUGUGGCAGUAGAGAAAAAAAGAGAAGUGCAAGAUGAUGCAGACACUUGAGAAAGUGACAUUGAAGAGCUGGAGAGGCAAGGAAAGUCAAUGAUCGAAGAAAAUGAUCAGGAAAGUAAUAAAAAAGAGAAGAGGUAAAUGAGAAUUGGCUGAAUGUUUUGCCUGGAAAGGUUGGACGUUCUCCAUUGCGCUAUACUGCGGAGAAACAAACAGAUUUAAUCAUCUCAGCUUUAAAAUUCUCUGUUCUCAUUCUAGAUGAAGAGGAAGAAGGAGAAAUUCAAGAGGAGAAGAUAUAUAAUAAAGAGACAGUAGUAUCUGAGACAAAUCUCUCUAACACAGAGUUACAAACAUUCAAAUAAAGGAGUUGGGGAACAUGUCCAUGACUGAUGCAGUUCAUAAUGAACUGCCACCACGUGAGUCUAGGAAAAAAAAAACAAAGGCUAUGGAGAACACAGCUCAGCUAUCAGGUGCAAACCCGGUGGCAAUGAGUACUAGGUCCUCCUCUCGCAAAAAUCUUUAAUGUCAAGUUUCUUUUGGAAUGUUCGUGGUUUCAACAAACAUCUUAAACAUUCAGUUGUAAAAGAGUAGACACAAGGUAAAUAUAUGUUGUUUGGUUGUCUAUUGGAGACAAGGGUAAAUGAGGGUAAAUCAGUAGGGAUUAUUAAAUCGGUUUUCAGGGAUUGGUCUUCAGUGGUCAAUUAUGAACACAAUCAAGGAGGGAGAGUAUGGGUUCUGUGAAGGGAUACAGUCCAUAUGAAUCCAGUAUAUAAGUCAGGCCAACUGAUUACUUGCUUAGUAUGUUUAAAGAAUGAAGAGGAGUCUUUUGCACCUUUGUGUAUGCAAGUAAUGGAGUUGAGGAGAGAAAGAUGCUAUGAGAGGAUUUAUAAUCAUUAAAGCUCCCCUCUCUUUCAGAACAUAGCUUGGAUGCUAAUGGAUGACUUUAAUGAGAUUUUGGAUGGUGAAGAACACUCUGGCUACUCCCAAGAUCCUAUUCUGCCUAUUGGUAUGAAGAACUUUCAAAUGGUGGCUCGAUAUUGCUCUUUCACUGAUAUGAGUUGUUAUCAAGGACCUCUAUUUACGUGGUGCAACAAAAGAGAUGAAGGAAUAAUUUGCAAAAAUCUGGAUAGAGUUCUAUUAAAUGAUGUGGCAUAGAUCAAAUUCGCUAAUGCUUACUUUGUCUUUGAGGCUGGGGGCUGCUCUGACCAUAUGAGAUGCAGAGUCAAACUCAUCCCAGGAACAACCAAGAUUAAACGUCCGUUCAAAUAUGUAAAUGCCAUUGGUAAGCUACCAAGUUUUCUUCCCAUAAUGGAUGAAUAUUGGUCUUCCAGAGAAAAGCUCUGCCAUUCAACUUCUGCCAUGUUUAGAUUCUCGAAAAAACUCAAGGCCUUGAAACCUUUGAUAAGUGAUAUUGGUCGACAGCAGUUGGGGGAUUUAUCAAAGAGAGCUAGAGAAGCCUAUCAACUUCUGUGUGAGAAAGAAAAGAAAACAUUAACUACUUCAUCGCAAGAUGAUAUGUAGGACGAAGUAGAGGCGUAUGAAAAUUGGUUAAAGGUUGCUAGUCUAGAAGAGGAUUUUCUCAAACAGAGAUCAAAACUUCAUUGGUUAGACGUGGGAGAUCAGAAUAACAAGACAUUCCAUAACUCAGUCAGAACUCGCCAAGCUCAGAACAUGAUCAGUGAAGUCACGUGCUCAUGACUUCAGUACUGUUGUUCAGUCGGUUUUUCAGAUGGAUUUUAGCCUAAAGGAAUCAACUCUACCAUUCUUGCGUUUAUUCAAAAGAAGACGGAAGCACCAUGUAUGGAAGACUAUCGCUCGAUUGCAUGCUGCAAUAUGUUGUACAAAGUGGUGUCCAAAAUUAUUGCUAAUAGGCUCAAAGUGGUGCUCUCGAGUAUGAUCACUGAGAACCAAUAUGCGUUUAUCAAGGAAAGACUCUUGAUGGAAAAUUUCCUACUGCCACUGAACUGGUUAAGGAUUACCACAAAGCUGAUAUCAGUCCAAGAUGCCCUAUGAAGAUCGACAUUUCAAAGGCUUUUGACUCUAUUCAAUGGGAUUUUGUACUGAAAAGUCUAAAGGUUAUGGGAUUUCCUGAAGUGUUCAUUCACUGGAACAGGUUAUGCAUUACUACGCCUUCCUUCUCAGUUCAGGUCAAUGGGGAGCUAGCUGGUCGGGGAUUACGAAAAGGUUGCUCACUCUCCCCAUACUUGUUUGUGCUAUGUAUGAAUGUCUCACUAAAACUCGACAAAGCAGUGGAGGAUCGGAAAUUUCAGUACCACCCAAGGUGUAAGUCCCUAUACCUUACUCAUUUAUGCUUCGCGGAUGACUUGAUGGUCUUUGUAGAGGGGUCGAAACAUUCAAUAGAGGGUGCUAUAUCUGUCUUUUAUGAGUUCGCCACUUGGUUUGGUCUGAGUAUCAUCAUUGAGAAAUCGACAGUUUAUAUGGCGGGUGUCCCAGAACAUACACGCAUCUCUAUCUUAGAGAAAUUCCCAUUCGCAGAGGAUGAGCUCCAUGUGAGAUAUCUUGGCUUACCGCUGAUGACGAAGAGGACGACGUACCAUGACUAUCUUCCACUGAUAGAAAGUAUACGAUCUCGUAUAAGCCCAUGGACUACUCGAUGCCUUUCAUAUGCAGAACGACUACAAUUGAUCCACUCUAAACUAAUGAGUAUAAUCAACUUCUGGUCGUCAGCCUAUAGACUUCCUGGAAAAUGUUUAAAAGAGAUAGAGUGUCUAUGCUCUGCUUUUCUCUGGACAUGACCGGAGUUACAGACUUCAGGUGAAAUGGUGGCGUGGAAGGAGGUUUGCAAACCAAAGUGUGAGGGUGGGUUGGGACUCCGACCACUGAAAGAAAUACACGUUGUAAAUGAGUUGAAGCUCAUUUGGAGAAUACUUUCAGGAAAAUCUUUAUGGAGUAAGUGGGUUCAUAAGAAUCUGAUUAAACAGAGGAAUUUUUGGGAGUUGAAUGGUAGGAGUCAGCUGGAUUCCUGGAUGUGGAAGAAGAUUUUAACGCUUCGGGAUAGAAAUCAAAACUUCUAUAAAGUGGAGAUAGGUAAUGGAAGACACACUUUCUUCUGGUAUGAUUGCUGGUCUGAGCUAGGUGUAAUAUACAAGCUGUUAGGAGACAGAGGUGUUACUGAUAUGGGAAUCAGGAAAAGUGCAACAGUGGAAGAAGCUUUACUUACUGAUGGGAGAAGGAGACGCCAGAGAACACAUAUGCUAAACAAGGUUGAAGAAGUAUUGAGGCUAACACAUGAUCCGGAGAAAGGUGAUACUAGUCUAUGGAGAAGUAACGCUGGUUAUAAGACUCAAUUCUCUCCACAAGAGACCUGAUGUCUUAUAAGAGAGGUGAAAGAGGAAUGUAAUUGGUUCAAGGGGUAUGAUUUUCAAAAGCCACGCCCAAAUUUGCAUUUAUCACUUGGUUAGCAAUGUUGGAUCGCCUAUAAACCAUGGACAGAGUGUCGCGAUGGACAAAUGGGGUGGAUCAAGGGUGUGUUCUCUGCAACUCUUCUCCGGAGUCACGAGAUCAUCUGUUUUUUGAUUGUUCAUACUCCUCUGAAGUGUGGGAGUACCUCACCAAAGUAAUUCUAAAACGAUCCUACUCUCCUAAGUGGAUUGAAGUCAAGAAGAUUGUCUCGAACAAUAAUGUGGCAGUGGAGAAAGAUUUUAGUCUUAGAUAUGCUAUGCAAAGCGCCAUCCAUGCGUAGUGGAGGGAGAGAAAUAGAAGAAGACAUGGGGAGCCUCAUACUCAGGUCCAAGUGUUUAAGAAGAUUGUCGAGAAGAGUAUAAGAAAUAAGCUUAGCUUGAACAGCAAGAAUGGACCCAAAAAGCUUAGAGGAACUCUUUCUUUUUGAUUUGGCGGUAGAAAGUAAAAGUAAGUAUAAGAAACAGUCUAUUUAGAUACUGAAACACUUGGAUGUAAAUUUUUUUUUUGAUGAAUACCAAUUUAAUAUUCAUUAAAAAAAAGUGAUAUUAAGAAAAUUAAACAAACUGAAAACUUAGUUAACUGUUCUUUACACCGUUUAAUAAUUUUACUUCCAAAUUUCAGAUAUUUAACUAUCCACUGAAUUUUAACUUGAUUAAAAAUCACUUUACAAAUUGUGUCUAGAGGAUCAUCAUCAAUGUAUAAAUUUUGAGAAGUCAUCUCUAUUAAAUUGUCUAUGUAGAUUCAUAAUGAAAAGGAAUGGAAACUACUUACUGUAUUCCAAAAGAUAUAUUAGUGGUUCAAAAUUUAAGUGGUUUAACUUUAUUCCAGAAUGUAUUAAUUUUAGAGACAAUAUGUUGAAUAUCUCCAAUUAAGGUCCAAAUUAGCUGAAUGCCCAUAAUUAUGGAUAACCCAAAAAGGAGUAACUUUUUGAUACUGUGCAGACGAAAAUGCCCUCAUGCUUUAUAGAAAACAAGUAACUCUAGAUCUAUCAGCUAAAUAUUUACAUAGCAGUUAACAAUCUACAUACCAACUAAAAUAUCAGCUAAUAAUUUCAGUAUCAUCUAACAAUCUAUGUAUCAAACAAAUGUAUCAACUAACAAAUCAUAUAUCAGUUAAUGAAACUAUUAACAAUUAAUUAGUUAUCUAUCGAAUAGCUCUAAAUCUACUUGUAACAGCUAACACUCCAUGUAUCGAUUAAGAAUCCAUUAAAAAUCUAAAUAAUGGCAGGUAAGUAAUAAAAUACCUACUAACGUAUAUAUUAUCUAAAAGUUGAUUGUGAGUCGAAAUUAGAAACAUUGGAAUUGGAGUGAGAUAAUAAGAUUAGCAUUAUGGAUGUCAAAAGAAUCAGAAUAAAAAAAUAAAGAUUUGUGUUGAAUUAGAAGAUGAUUUGAAGAAUCUGUACGAGAGGUAAAGUGAUUAGAACACAUAAAA